AUGCAGGUUUUGGAAGAUGCAAGUGACUUUGCCGGUGAAGCCAUUCAAGUCGCAAGUGCUGCUGCAGGAGCUGGAGGUGAGCGGCUAGUCCAUCAUCAUCGUCUGCCAGCGCUUGGGUGGCGGCAGCCGGGUGACAACAGCGAAUACGAAAUUGUGACUCCAUAUGAAGCUGACAGCAGUGGUGAUUAUAUAUCUCUCUCCGUAAUCCACCAACAGAGAAAGAAGCGAUCAGUUCAUAAUGUUGGUGAUGAAUCUCUCUACUUCAAACUCAGUGGGUUUGGCCAGGACUUUCAUUUGGAGCUAAGAACUUCCAAGGACCUAACGCCUCCUGGAUUUACAGUGCAGACUUUAGGAAAACAAGGCUUAAAAUCUGUAGAGUACUAUCACCCAGAGGAGCUGUGCUUCUAUCAAGGUGCUUUAAUAUCACAUAACAAAUCUUCAGUGGCACUUUCUACAUGCAAAGGCUUGUCAGGUUUGAUCAGGACAGAAGAAGCUGAUUACAUUUUGACACCUCUACCUCAGCACCUUGCACUUAAGCACAAUUACACAGCACCUGAAGGGCACCAUCCACAUGUCCUCUAUAAGAGAUCUGCAGAGCCAAAAGUACACCAUCAAAAUAACGAGGUAACCAUAAAUCAAAGGUCUAUGGGAAUUGAAUAUUAUGAUCAUAAGUAUCGACACCAACACCGACGUCGUAAUGACUACAAGCAUGGACAACUUCAAAAGCAACACUACUGCGGAAGACGCAAGAAAUAUAUGCCAAAACCCCCAGAAACAGACAUGUAUAUUCUCCCAGAUGAGUAUCGGUUCUUACCCAGAAACAAGCGGUCCUUGUUCAAGACGCGGAAGAAUGAAAAGCUGAAUGUGGAAACUUUAGUUGUGGUGGACAAGAAGAUGAUUGAAAACCAUGGCAGCGAAAACAUAACUACAUAUGUGUUAACUAUACUAAAUAUGGUGUCCACUCUGUUUAAGGAUGGCACGAUAGGAGGAAACAUAAAUAUUGUAAUCGUUGGGAUUGUCCUGCUUGAAGAAGAUCAGCCAGGUCUUUUAAUAAACCACCAUGCAGAUCGCACUUUGAACAGCUUCUGUCAGUGGCAGUCGGGAUUGGUGGGCAAAGAUGGUAAUCGUCAUGAUCAUGCCAUUCUGCUGACAGGCCUUGACAUUUGUUCUUGGAAGAAUGAGCCUUGUGAUACUUUAGGAUUUGCACCCAUUAGUGGGAUGUGUAGCAAAUAUCGCAGCUGUACUAUCAAUGAAGACACUGGAUUAGGUCUGGCCUUUACCAUCGCUCAUGAGUCUGGACACAACUUUGGUAUGAUUCAUGAUGGAGAAGGAAAUGUAUGCAAGAAAUCCGAGGGUAAUAUCAUGUCACCAACACUAGCAGGGCACAAUGGGGUCUUCUCGUGGUCAGCCUGCAGCCGGCAAUAUCUCUAUAAGUUUCUGAGCACGUCCCAGGCAACUUGUCUCGUUGACGAACCAAAGCCAGCAAAUGAGUACAGAUACCCUGAUAAGCUGCCAGGAGAACUCUAUGAUGCCGACACUCAAUGCAAGUGGCAGUUUGGGGUGAAGGCCAAACUCUGCAGGCUGGAUUUUAAAAAGGAUAUCUGUAAAGCACUUUGGUGCCAUAGAGUUGGCCGAAGAUGUGAAACAAAGUUCAUGCCAGCUGCUGAAGGCACUGUUUGUGGGCUCAACCGGUGGUGUCGCCGUGGGCAAUGUGUGAAACAUGGAGAUUCAGGGCCAAAGCCUAUAAAUGGUCGUUGGUCAAGCUGGUCAAUGUGGUCACCUUGUUCGAGGACCUGUGGAGGAGGCGUAACAAACCGAGAACGUCAGUGUACAAACCCAAGGCCACAGUAUGGAGGAAAGUUCUGUGAUGGUACCCAUCGUACAUACAAGCUUUGCAAUAAUCAAAAAUGCCCUAAAAAUAGCAUUGAUUUUAGAUCACAGCAGUGUGCUGAAUACAACAGCAAGCCAUUCCGAGGGUGGUACUACAACUGGAAGCCAUAUGUUCAUGUUGAAGACCAUGAUCUUUGCAAACUGUAUUGUGCGGCAGAAGAUUUUGACUUCUUCUUUGCUCUUUCAAGUAAAGUCAAAGAUGGAACACCAUGCUCUGAGGAAAGAGCUGAUGUAUGCAUUGAUGGUGUAUGUGAGGCAGUUGGAUGCGACCGUGUACUGGGUUCUAAUGCUGUGCCUGAUGCAUGUGGGGUCUGCAAAGGAAACAACUCAACCUGUAAAAUCUACAAGGGCCAAUACAGCAAACAGCACUAUGUCAACCAAUACUACACAGUCGUUGUUAUUCCUGCAGGGGCGCGUAGCAUUCGUGUAUAUGAGGUAAACAUCUCCAACGCUUAUAUUGCUGUUCGAAACCAACAGCAAAAAUACUAUCUCAAUGGCCAUUGGACAUUGGAUUGGCCUGGACGGCACAGAUUUUCUGGCACAAUAUUUGAUUACAAAAGGCCCUUCAAUCACCAGGAAAGCCUUUCAGCCAUGGGCCCUACGAAUGAAACACUGGUGAUAGAGAUACUACUUCAGGGCAAAAAUCCAGGGAUUGGAUGGGAAUAUGCCUUGCCAAAAUCAUCGACUGAGAAUAAAACAGCUCCGAAACACAAUUACACAUGGGCUAUUGUUCGUUCUGAAUGCUCAGCAUCUUGUGGAGGAGGUCGGAUGGCAACAAAAGUAGCAUGUUACCGUGAUCUUCGUGUUCAGGUAAACCUCUCUUUCUGCAAUCCACGGAAUCGACCAGCCACUGGAGUCAUCUCUUGCAAUGUACAGGCAUGCCCUGCAAGCUGGGCUGUUGGUGACUGGGGAGAAUGUAGCCAAGCGUGCGGAAGAGGUGAACAGCUAAGACAAAUCCGCUGCACUCGAAGAGUCGCUUACAAUAAGCUAGAAGAUGUGCAUCAUGCGUUGUGUCCAUAUCCAAUGCCAGUCCGAAAGCAAGCAUGUAAUACUCAUAACUGUCCACCUGCAUGGAGUGUGGGAGCUUGGUCUGAGUGUUCCCGAACAUGUGGAAAAGGGUGGAAAAAGAGGACUGUUGUUUGCAAGAGCACAAAUCCGACUCCCAGAUCUCAGAUCCUACAUGGAAGUGCUUGCAAGGCCAAAGCAAAACCUAAAACCCAGGAAAUCUGCUUGUUGAAACGCUGUCAUAAACAUCGCAAAAUGCAGUGGUUUAUAUCCACAUGGGCCGAGUGUUCUGUAACCUGUGGUAAAGGGAUUCAGAAGAGACAUUUAAAGUGUGCAAACAAAGAGAAUUCUGGAAAAUACAAAGAAUUUGCUUACAAAAGAUGUAAUCACUUGCCAAGACCUAACCUGGAGCUGGAAAGAACAUGCAUUCUAAGUGCAUGUCCAAAACCACCAAGUGAAAGGGGCUUCAGCAAUGCACUAGCAAGCUGGUAUGCCUCACCUUGGUCACAGUGCUCUGUUAGCUGUGGGGGAGGGGUGCGAGCCCGUGCAGUUCAAUGUCUUGCGUACGGCCGACCUACCUCAGGGUGCCUACUGCAUCAAAAACCUCUCGCUACAGAAGCUUGCAAUACCAAUUUCUGUCCUCUGCCUGAAAAGAAAGAUGUGUAUUGCAAAGAUUAUUUCAACUGGUGCUACCUGGUACCCCAGCAUGGUGUUUGCGGUCACAAGUUCUACGGCCAGCAGUGCUGCAAGUCGUGCUCCACGUCAAAUGUAUAGAAGAACCAAUAAACGAACAAAAUGCAUUAAUUUCUUUAUAAGGAAGCUGCACAUUGUAAUUUUGGUUGCAUCUGAUGAUUGAAGAGGUAAAGACUAAAUCAGGUUCUGACUUGUAUAUGAAACCUAGCAGCAUUCCACCUGUCAAUCAAUGUGAUAAAAGAGAGCUUUUCUUGCAUAUAUUACUAUCACCAGGUCAGCAAAAUCUUUGCAGCACUGCCCAUAUUUGAGUGUUUCGGUUCGCAAGCAACAAUCAGCAACGUACCUACAAUACCAUGUAUUUAAGUGGAAGAUUGAAAAAUAUACCAGUUUUUCAAAGGAGGUGUUAUAUGUUACCGACCUACACAAUCUGGCUAUGUGAACUGAACUGAGCAAAGAUUUUGAAAACCAGAAGGCAUUCAAAAUACUGUGUAAACAAAAGUCGGGGGGUGGGGGGGGGGGUGGUGUGGAAAGUGUGGGAGGAAUCUGAAUUAAACUUUCUCAACCCAUUUAUUUACCUCAUUUAAAUAAAUUGAUGACCAUUAAAUAAAACACACUGUGCCAUAUUUAAAACUACU